AUGAGCUCUCACCAUUACCUAUCACAAUCUCUCCUCCUCCUCCUCCACUCCUCCCUCCUCUUCCCGCCUACGGCCGCUUAUGAUCCCGAACCCAACCAAGACUUCUGCGUCGCCGCACCCAACUCCCCCAACACCGUCUCCAUCAAUGGCUUCCCAUGCAAGCCCUCCUCCUCUGUCACCCCCGACGACUUCUUUUCCACCAUCCUCUCCAUCAAUCUCACCACCAACGACCGCUUCGGUGCCAACGCCAGCUUCGCCGACGUGCUCUCCUUUCCUGGACUGAACACUCUCGGCAUCUCCUUAGUUCGCGUCGUCUUCGCCCCCGCCGGCCUCGUCCAACCCCACACUCACCCCCGCGCCACCGAGCUUGUUUUCGUCACCGAGGGUCAACUCCUUGUCGGCUUCGUGGCCAACGAUGGCAGGUACUUCUCCAAGGUUGUCGGAGCUGGGGAGCUGUUUGUAAUACCCAUGGGUCUGAUGCAUUUCCAAUAUAACGUGGGAGAGGUGACGGCGGCGGCCACCGUGGCGUUUAAUAGCCAGCUUCCGGGAACGGUGAUUGCGGCGCGGUCGCUUUUCGGGUCGAAGCCGGCGGUGCCCGAUGUGGUGUUGAGUGAAGCGUUCGGAGUGGAGGAGGAAGUUGUCAAGCAGAUCAGGGCCAAGUUCGGAUGA